AUGACUGUGGAAAGGGAGAGCUGGGCUGGCCUGAGGACCUGCCUGCUGUGCCUAUCCUUGUCCUUCCCCUUGCUCUUGCUCCCUUACAGUCACUGUCAAGUCUCUCAAGAGCCCGCACUUGGCCUAAGCUUCCGUUUCACGCAUUCUCUCUACAACGCCACUAUUUACGAGAAUUCUGCUGCCCGGACGUACUUGAGCAGUGAGGUUCGCAUGGGGAUCACUCUUACGGUCCGCUUUUGGGAGAUUGCUUAUAGGAUUUCCGCUGGGGAUGACGAAGGGCUUUUUGAGACUGAAGAUUACACAGUGGGGGAUUUCUGUUUCCUACGCAUUCGCAUCAGGGGUGGGAGUUCAGAAAUUCUGAACCGGGAAGUCAAAGACACCUUUGUUUUGACUGUGAUUGCUACAUCAGCAGAUGGGCUUCAGGCUUCAACUGUGGUCAGUGUGCGGGUUUUGGACACAAAUGAUCUCCGGCCCUUGUUUGCGCCCACCACCUACUCUGUCACGCUACUUGAUAGUGCGUCGUUGGGGACAAGUGUUACACAGGUCACAGCAACAGACGCAGACGCUGGCUCCAAUGGGGAGCUCUACUACUUCUUCAAGGAGAAGACCGAAUUUUUUGCCAUUCACCCUACCAGUGGGGUAGUCUUUCUUAGUGCACAAGUCAGCACUGGCCAUCAGGUGACACAUGAGCUUGAGGUGCUGGCUGUUGAUCGGGGCAUGAAGCUGUACGGUGAAGAUGGCAUAGGCAGCAUGGCAAAGCUCUUUGUCCGCAUAGAGCGAAUUAACGAGUAUGCUCCCACCCUGACAGUAGUGACACGAGCUCCCUCGUGGCAGGAGAAAGACCCUGUGCUCGCAGAGAUCACUGUAGAUGACUUGGAUGAUGGGUUGAAUGGGGAGAUUGAAUGGGUUUCCAUCAUUGCUGGUGAUCCUUUGGAGCUACUUUCCCUAGAUCGAUUAGCAGUAGGUAAUGAGUACAAGAUAAUAAUGUCAGAGCUAGUAGACUGGGAUCAGUACCCUUAUGGUUGGAACCUUACCCUCCAAGCCAAAGACAGAGGUUCCCCGCCUAAGUUUUCAGAAUUAUAUGAAGUUCAGUUGUCAUUUCAGAGGCCCCAACCCAUCCAGUUGAAGUUUGAGAAAGAGCUAUAUGAAGUCACACUUAAUGAGAUUUCACCACCUGGUUCCUUCGUGGAAACCUUAAAAAUUUCCCCUGAACCAAGUGGUGCUAGAUACAUGCUGAGUCCCAACCCAGAUUCCACAUAUUUCAAAAUAAACACCUUAACUGGUGUGAUAACCACAGGGUGUUUUCUGACCACAGUGAACCAGGAAGUCUUUCAGCUGGAAGUGAUAGAAGUGAAGACCACAUUGAGGACCAAGGUACGAGUUAUCAUACAAGAUGCUAAUGACAAUACCCCAGUGUUCACUCAGCCCUCCUACAGAGGGACAGUUAACGAGAGCUCUCAGACUGGGACAGUUGUCCUUAUGGUGUCAGCAGUGGAUGACGACAAAGGUGAGAAUGCUUGUAUCACUUAUAGCAUCUCUAGCCUGCAGCCACUGCCAUUCACAAUGGAUCAGUCCACUGGGGAGCUCAAGGUCUCAGAAGAACUGGACUAUGAGUCUUUGCCAGAGAUCUACACAUUCAUUGUUAGGGCAUCGGAUUGGGGCUCGCCAUAUCGUCGUGAGAGUGAAGUCAACGUUACAGUCCAUUUGCAGAACAUCAAUGAUAACAAGCCUCUGUUUGAGAGGACAGACUGUAGAGGGGUCAUUUCUCGUGAUUUUCCUGUUGGUCAACCAAUCAUUACCAUGUCUGCUAUAGACAUAGAUGAGCCAGAGUCAAUUACUUAUAAAAUAUUUUCAGGAAAUGACCAAGAUUUCUUCAACCUGAACCCCAACUCAGGUGUCUUGUCUUUGAGGAGGUCUCUGGUUACCACCAAUCCACGAAAUGGUGUUUUCAUCUUGGAAGUUGUUGCCAGUGAUGGUGAAAGUCUCUCUGAACCCACAUCUGUGAAUAUCUCAGUUGUGCGUGGCCGGAUGUCAUCUAAGAGUCUGAACUGCAAGGAGACCAGAGUUGCUCAGAAACUCGUGGAAAAGCUGCUGAAGAAGACCAGGGCAGAUAGCAGAUCCAGGGUUGAAGAGGGGUUCACUGAUCUGUUCUCGGUAAACCGACUGACCCCACAAUUUGAGUCCCUACCCUCUGAAAUACGAGUGAGAGAGGACCUCGCCAUUGGCACAAGUGUCUAUAGAGUUCGGGCCUUUGAUGGAGACACUGGAUUCAAUGGGAAGAUUUUGUUUGCUAUUUCCGAUGGUAACAAGGACAGCUGCUUUAGAAUUGACAUGGAGAGUGGGUUGAUAACAGUACUUUUGCCAAUGGACCGUGAAAAAACGGACAGGUAUGUCCUUAACCUAACUAUCUAUGACAUGGGUUUACCACAGAGGUUCACCUGGCGGCUGUUGGCUGUAAAUGUGGAGGAUGCUAAUGAUAAUGCACCACAGUUUGUUCAGGAUGGCUACAGAACUGCAAUCAGUGAGAAUGCAGCCAUUGGCACUGAAGUUAUUCAAGUCAAAGCCACUGAUAAAGACCUAGGCCAAAAUGGGCAAGUUUAUUACACAUUGUUAACUAGUGCUAUAGAAUUUAUAAUCAACCAAACUACAGGGAUGAUUAAUGUUGCCAGGCAGCUUGACAGGGAGUCCAUUCCAACCUUCACACUUAAAGUUGAGGCUCGAGACAGGGCUGAGAUCGGUAACCAAAGGUUCUCAGUGACCACAGUCAACAUAAUUCUAGAAGAUGUCAAUGACUGCCCCCCUUCCUUCAUUCCCAAAAGCUACAAUGCCCGUGUGCCAGAGGACCUGCCAAUGGGCACAGUUAUCGCAUGGCUGGAAGCUCAAGACCCUGAUUUGGGAGCCGGAGGGCAAAUAAGGUAUUCCUUAGCUGAUGAUUAUGAUGGAAAAUUUGAGGUUCACAGGGACAGUGGGACAGUUCAGGUGGCUGGUGAGCUGGACUAUGAGAUACGGCAAUUCUACAACCUAACCGUGCUGGCAAAUGAUCAUGGCCAACCAACCUCUCUCCGCUCCAUCUCUUUUAUAGAGGUGGAGGUAGUGGAUGUUAAUGAGAACUUGUAUGCACCCUACUUUGCUGACUUCUCCCUGAGAGGCUCAGUGAAAGAGAACUCUCGUGUUGGCACCAGCGUGCUUCGAAUAGUUGCCAGAGAUGACGACAAGGGAAGGGAUGGAACUGUGCGCUACUCAAUUAAAGGAGGGAGUGGACUGGGCAGGUUCUCCAUCGAUGAGGAAACAGGGAUCAUCUACACCAUGGAUACCCUGGACCAUGAGAUGGAGGACUCCUAUUGGUUGACGGUGUAUGCCACUGACAGGGGUGUGGUGCCCCUUUAUUCCAUAGUGGAGGUCUAUAUACAAGUGGAGGAUGUGAAUGACAAUGCUCCUCUGACCUCUGAGCCUAUCUACCACCCCACUGUGAUGGAGAACUCUCCCAAGGACGUGCAUGUUCUCCAGGUGCAUGCCCGUGACCUUGAUGCCACUGUGACCACUGACCAACUUAGCUACCGGAUCUCCAGUGGAAACCCACAGAACUUCUUCACCAUCAACACCAAGACAGGUCUCAUAACAACAACUUCGAGGAAACUGGACAGAGAGCAACAAGAUGAACACUUUUUAGAGGUCACUGUAUCAGAUGGAGGUCAGUCUCCCAGGCAAUCCACGGUGUGGGUGAUGGUCCAUGUCCUAGAUGAGAACGACAACGAGCCCUAUUUCCCAGAAAAGAUGUACCAGAUAAAGCUGCCUGAGCGAGGCCGCAGCAAGCGGGGUGACCCUGUCUACAGGGUGUUUGCUUGCGACCGGGACAUUGGCCCCAAUGCCAACCUCUCUUACAGCAUUGUGGAUGGGAACGAGGGUGGCAGGUUCUUCAUUGACCCACUGACUGCCGUGGUGUUGACCAGGAGGACGGUCACAGCUGGGAGCUUCGACCUCUUGACUAUCAAAGCCACGGAUGGUGGGAAUCCUGCAAUGUCAUCCACAGCUCAGUUGUUAAUUGAGUGGAUCCGCAAGCCCAUGCCCUCCCCACUGCCCCUGCUGUUCAGUGAGCCAUACUACAACUUCACCAUCCUAGAGAGCGUACAGGUUUCUGCAGUAGUGGGAAUAGUGUCCAUGCAGCAGAGUGCCACACCCUUAUGGUUUGACAUUACUGGAGACAAACAGGCUUGGGAGACAUUUUACAUCCUGCAAACAGCCUGUAGCACCAACUGCUCCACAGGUGAGGGAUACAGCAGCCAGUUUGACAUUGAGAGAGGAGUGGGGGCCAUUGUUGUUGCAGUGCCACUGGAUGCAGAGCUCCAGUCUCUAUAUGCAAUGACUGUGACGGUUACGGAUGGCACCACCAUUGCCUCUGCACAGGUAUACAUCACAGUUCUCGAUGCCAACGACAACACGCCCACCUUCUCCCAGCCCACAUACUUCAUUGCAGUUUCGGAGGAUACCCCAGCUGACACGGAGGUGUUCCGGGCUCAAGCGUCAGACCCAGAUGGGCGGAGCAAGCUGAGUUACUCCAUCCACAGCAGCGUGGAUCCAGCCAGCAUGCGCCUCUUCCGCAUCGUUCCAGGGACAGGUGCUCUGUACACAGCUGACCGACUGGACUAUGAGUCCCGAAGUCAGCACAUCCUCACUAUUAUGGUGAAAGACCAGGAGUUCCCUUACCGUAGAGAUUUAGCUCGGAUCCUGGUAGCUGUGGAGGAUGCCAAUGACCAUGCACCCUACUUCACACGCACAAUAUAUGAGGGGACUGUCUUUGAGUCUGCUGCUGUGGGAACAGUGGUCCUGAAGGUCACUGCACUUGACAGGGACAAAGAGAAGAAUGGCGAGCUUCUCUACUCAAUAGAAGCAGGAAAUAUUGGGAAUACUUUCAGCAUGGAUCCGAUCACAGGUGUUAUUUCUGUUACCAGGGAACUGGACCUGACCUCAGUUGGCCAGUACAUCAUCACUGUCCGAGCCACAGACUGUGGGUCACCCCCUAUGGGGGCAGUGGCCACAGUGCGUAUUUCUGUGACGCUGUCAGAGAGCUCCAGCCCCAAGUUUCUACAGAAGGAGUACCACGCUGAGGUUAAGGAGAACAUGGCUGCUGGCACUUUCGUCAUGGUUAUCAGUGCUGUCAGCAGGUCUGCGAUAACAUAUGACAUAAAGCAAGGGGACGAACAGGGAAACUUCAGAAUAAAUCAGUUCACAGGGGUCAUCACCACCCGCAGACCUCUGGACUACGAAAGUGUCAUAUCGUAUGUGUUGACUAUGCAGGCUUACAACAUGGCCGGCAUGGUCUCCAACAUUACAGUCAACAUUCAAGUAGUGGACGAGAAUGAUAACGCUCCAGUCUUCCAGCAACUACAAUAUGUGGGCAGUAUCAGUGAGGCUGCACCAAUUAACAGUGUCAUCCUUAAUGUGGAGGAUGGAGCCCCGUUGGUUCUCAGAGCCACAGAUGCAGAUAAAAAUCAGAACGCUCUUCUUGUUUAUCAGAUUGUGGAUGACAUAGCACGGACGUUUUUUACUGUUGAUUCGGGCACAGGAUCUUUAAGAACAACUGGAAAUCUGGAUUAUGACACAUGCUCUAAAUUUUUUUUCACCGUUCAGGUGAGAGACAGUGGCCAACCGCAGCUAACUGCUGACAGCUUUGUCGAAGUUACUGUCCAGGUGCUAAACAUCAAUGAUUCCCCUCCUAAAUUUUUGCUUGAUUCCUACGAGACAGUUUUGCUUCUUCCUACUUGCAUUGGAGCCGAAGUCCUGCAGGUUUCUGCCAAUGAUCCAGACAUGAGUGACCCAAUGGGACUGACCUACACUCUGACCGACCGCAGUUUGCAGCAUUUUGCUUUAGAUCCAGAGAAUGGUAUCCUGACUGUUAAAAACAGCAAUUUUUCCAAGGACCGCUACCGUUUCAAUGUGGAAGCCUCUGACGGAAAGUUCAGGAGCAUGACUCUGGUCACAGUUAUGGUCAGAGAGGCAAUGGAUGGUGGCCUGAUAUUUUUGCAGCAGCAGUACUCCUGCUCUGUGGAAGAAAACAGUGGCAGCGUGACCACGGUGGCUGUAGUCAAUGCAGUGGGGAAUAGACUCAACGAACCUAUUAGGUACAGCCUCCUGAAUUCUGGAAAAAGAUUUCAGAUCAAGUCUACAUCUGGAGUUAUCCAAACAACAGGUGUCCAGUUCGACCGAGAGGAGCAGGAGAUUUAUGAACUGGUUGUAGAGGCAAGCCGGGAGCAGGAUCGACUGCGAGUUGCAAGGACAACAGUGAUAGUCCAGGUGGAUGACGUUAAUGACAACCCCCCAGUGUUUGUUGGACUUCCAUACUAUGCAGCGGUGCAAGUGGAGGCAGAGCCGGGGUCUCCGAUAUUUUGGGUUAGUGCCAUAGAUCAGGAUAAGGGGGUCAAUGGGCAGGUGUCUUAUUUCUUAAAGGAGGAACAUCAACACUUCGAUGUCAACAGAGUCACUGGUGAAUUCACUCUGAAAAAACAAUUGGAGGUAGACUUGUCAAACUUAGAAUUUCGAGUGGUUGUUUUUGCCAAAGACGGGGGAAAUCCUCCCCUCCUGACUGCUGUGGAGUUUCCCAUUACCGUCGUCAACAAGGCCAUGCCAGUUUUUGAGAAGUCGUUCUACGGAAUCUCAGUGAAUGAGGAUAUUGUUGUGCGCACACCCAUUCUCAGCAUAAGUGCAGCCAGUCCAGCAGGUGAGAAGGUUAUUUACACCAUUGUGGAUGGAGAUCCCUCUGCACAAUUUUGCAUCGGUUUUGACACAGGAGUCAUUAGUGUCCUUUACCCCUUGGACUAUGAAGGCAACCCCUAUUAUCGGCUUACUAUUAGGGCAACAGAUACUCUUUCAGGAGCUCGAGCAGAAGUCGAUGUCGAUAUAGCCGUACUUGAUGUGAAUGACAACCCUCCAGAAUUUGAGAAAACAUCUUACAAAGCAUCUCUUUCUGAAGCCUCCAUGAUUGGGACCCCAGUAUUGCAGGUAGUUGCCAAAGACAUAGAUUCUGAGAAAAAUAAUAAUGUGCGCUACCAGAUACUUUCAGAGGUAUACAGUAGUACUGAUUAUUUUCAUAUUGACAGCAGUAGUGGACUCAUAUUCACUGGCCGCUUGCUUGACUAUGAGCUCAUCCAGCAGUGCAACUUUAUUGUCAGAGCAACUGACAAUGGAUUUCCCAUGUUAAGUAGUGAGGUGCUGGUCACAGUCACCAUCGAAGACAUGAAUGACAACCCUCCCAUGUUCACCCAGCAGCUCUAUGAGGCACAUGUCAGUGAACUUGCACCCAAGGGCCACUUUGUAACCUGCAUCCAGGCAUUGGACAUGGACAAGCUGGAUGCAGAACGAUUGAGGUACAGCAUCCUGUCAGGAAACGAGAAAGCUAACUUUGCCAUUCAUAAGGAGACAGGGAUUAUCAGCUUGUCCAGCCAGCGCAGGCAAGGGAUGCAACAGCUGUACAUCCUAAAUGUGUCCGUGUCGGAUGGCAUUUUCACUAGCAUGGCCCAAGUGCACAUUCGCAUCCUCGAGGCAAACCAUUACAGUCCUGUCUUUAGCCAAAGGUUCUACCUGGCUCAGAUUCGAGAGAACAGUCCUGUUGGAUCAAAGGUUGUCCAACUGAGAGCAACAGAUGAGGACUCUGGAAUAUAUGGUCAACUGACAUACUGUUUUGUCAAUGACUUGGGCAAAGAUCAAUUCAGUAUUGACACCAGUGGUCAAAUUCUGACUACGGGCAAGUUGGACAGGGAAAAUGCAGCAAAUAAAGACAUUGUCCUGACAGUCAUGGCUUUAGAUGGUGGUGGCAGGGCAUCCUUCUGCAGUGUCAGGGUCAUUCUUGUUGAUGAAAAUGACAGCUCCCCACGUUUUAAGGCCACAGAGUACAGGGCCAGUGUCAAAUCCAGUGUCAACAGGGGCUUCCCAGUAAUCCAAAUUCAGGCCACUGAUCAGGAUGAUGGUAUCAAUGGGAAGGUGACCUACUCACUCUACAGUGAGGCCCGGGUCCCUGUCGUGGACAUCUUGGAAAUCGAUCCAGACAACGGCUGGAUCAUCACAAAAGGCAGCUUCAGCCACCUGAAAAACACAGUCCUCUCUUUCUUUGCUAAGGCAGCAGAUGGAGGUACCCCAAUGAAGCAUUCCUUAGUGUCUGUCUAUGUGCAUGUCCUACCGCCUGAUGCCCCUAUCCCGUCAUUCACACAGCCACAAUAUUCCUUCACUGUUCCCGAGGAUACACCUGUAGGAACUGCACUGGGAUCUGUCCAUCUGGCCCCUAGCCAGCCUGCAUUCUUCAGCCUCAUUGGUGGUGAGACAGUAGACAGCAACCGUGGAGGUGUGUUCAUGGUGGAGCGUGAGACAGGUGUCAUCCGGCUUGUUAAACCACUCGACCACGAGGCUAUUGAAGUUUUUCGAUUCAAAGUGUCAGCUACAACCAAGCCAGCUCAGUUGGAGUCAGUAUCCAUUGUGGAAGUAGAGGUAAAGGUACUUGACCUGAAUGAUAAUGCGCCAUCUUUUGAGACUGGUUCUUAUGAAGCUGUGGUUAUGGAGGGCAUGCCAAUUGGAACCAGAGUGAUACAGGUCCGGGCCCUGGACCCUGACUGGGGUUCCAAUGGCCAAGUAACCUAUAGCCUAGACAGUCCAGGGAACCUGGAAAUAGAGCAGUUCAUGGCAGAAUUCACUAUUGACAGCAAAACAGGUUGGAUCACCACUCUCAAGGAGCUUGACUAUGAAACAUGUCCGUCCUUCACUUUCACAGUAGUGGCAGCAGACCUCGGAGAAAUUACUUCUCGAUCAUCUACCACUGUAGUGACAGUGGCUGUUUAUGAUAUCAAUGACAAUCCUCCCAGCUUUGAGAAAAGUUACUACAGGGGUGCUGUGAUAGAAAGUGACCUCCCAGGAGAAGCAGUGGCAGUACUAAGUACACGAGAUAAAGACAGUGCAGACAUCAAUCGAAGAGUGACUUUCCACAUCACAGGAGGGAACCCCAGAGGUGCCUUUGGUCUGGGGCUUGUCCAGGGUGACUGGAAGAUAUAUGUUGGCCGACAACUUGACCGCGAGGAACAGGACUUGUAUCUCAUCAAUGUUACAGCAACUGAUGGGCUCUUUGUGACCCAAGCUGUGGUGGAAGUAACAGUCAUGGACAGCAACGACAACAGUCCUGUGUGUGAACAGGCUGUGUAUUCAGCCUCAUUCCCCGAAGGCAUACCUCUGAACAGGGUGAUUCUGACAGUAGGAGCCACAGACGCAGAUAUAGGUCCGAGUGCCGAAAUUCAGUACUCUCUCUUUGGCAUUGGGGUCGAGGAUUUCCACAUGGAUGCAAACACAGGUGACUUGAAGACAGCAUCAGUUAUCGACCGGGAAAGGACACCCAGCUACAAGCUCAUUGCUCAAGCAACAGAUGGUGGUGGACUGUUCUGCCGCUCCAAGAUUCUCCUGACCAUCCUGGAUGUGAAUGAUAGCCCACCCAUCUUCUCAGCCAAGCGGUACACAGCCAGCAUCUAUGAGAGCGCAACUCCAAAAGCUCUGCUGACCCGCAUGCAAGCUUAUGACCCAGACGAAGGCAUCAACCGGAAGAUAGCAUACUCCCUAGUGGACUCUGCAGAUGGUGUCUUCUCCAUUGAUGAAGUCAUGGGCAUUGUGGUCCUAGAGAAGACCUUAGACCGUGAGCUACGGUCAUCCUACAGUGUCACAGUCCAGGCUACAGAUGGUGCUCUGUCAACCUUGGCAGACCUUGACAUCACUGUUCUGGAUGUGAAUGACAACCCGCCUGUCUUCCAGGGCCGGGACUAUGUGGCUACAGUGCCUGAAGAUGUCCCAGUGGGUACUGAGGUUUUGCGUGUCUAUGCUACCAGCGCAGACAUUGGUGCUAAUGCCGAGAUCUACUACACUUUCCGCUCUGGCAAUGAACUUGAGAAGUUCCAGAUUGCUCUCGUGUCAGGCACUAUCUCAGUCUCGGAGGCUCUAGACUUUGAGGUUUGCAAAGAAUACUUCCUGGUAGUUGAGGCAUGGGAUGGUGGCAUUCCUCCCCUGAGUGCUGUUGCCACUGUGACCAUCAGCGUGACAGAUGUGAAUGACAAUGCGCCCAGGUUCAGCAAAGACCUCUACAACGUCAUCAUUGCAGAAGAUGCCAGCAUCGGCCAGUCAGUUAUCAGGCUGCAGACUGAGGACAUGGAUGGUGAGCUCAAUGGACAGGUCACAUACUUCAUUGUGAAUGGUGAUGACAGGAGCCACUUUUCCGUUGAGUCAGCCACCGGAUUGAUGAGGGUCAACAAGCAGCUGGACAGAGAGACGAUGUUCAGCUACUCUCUGACUGUCCAAGCUCUGGACAGUGGAUCACCUGUCCUGUCCUCCAUAGCCACAGUGAACAUCGAGGUUUCUGAUGUAAACGAUAACCCUCCUCUCAUCACUCCAACCAACUCCAGCAUUUCCAUUCAGUUCAGCAGACCCUUGGGUAGCAAUAUUCUACAGCUGUCUGUCACAGACAAUGACACGCCCCUCAAUGGCCCACCUUUUGAGUUCCGCAUCAUCUCCGGGAAUGAGGGAGAUUCAUUUGCCGUGGAUCAGGGAGGGAUGCUGCGGACAAACCAAUUCUUUGGACGUGAUGUGGUGAGGGAAUAUAGCAUUCAAGUGCAGGUAACCGAUUCUGGGAAACCCCCUCUGUCAUCUACAACCUUCAUCUUUGUUCGCAUCACGGGGGACAACCUCUACAGACCUGAGGCUUUCCCGCUAGAGAUUUACAUUGUCAUCGCAGGGGACGAGUUCCCAGGGGGCAUUGUGGGUCGAAUCCAUGCCACAGACCGUGAUGAAGAUGAUGUGCUGUCCUUCAGCCAGAAGUUCCAGCAGAAGUCCCUCUUCAAGAUCAAUAGGCAGGAUGGGCGGAUCGUGGCCCUAGCAGGUCUACGGCCUGGAAGGUAUCUGCUGAAUGCCACGGUCAGUGAUGGACGCUAUAGUAUUACAGUAGAUGUAUCUGUGAUAGUGGAGCGUGCUACACCCUGGGCACUACGUGAUGCAGUUGCUGUGCGCUUUGAGGCUGUUGCCCCAGAGGACUUUGUGCAGCUGCACUUCAGUGAUUUCAGGAGUGCGCUGCUCGAUCUGGUGGGCAUUCCAAAACGGGAUCCUUGCCAUGUUCUCAGCAUCCAACCCGUGCCAGGGUCCUAUGGAAGGCUGGAUGUCCUCCUGGCUGUGGAGGAAGAGGACGGAGCCUUCAUGGCAGCAGAGCAGCUUGCCUGGAAAAUUGGAGCGUCCCGUGAACAGCUGGAGGGAGCUCUGCGUAUCUCUGCCAUUCUGGAGCAGGGCUGCCCAAAACUGCAGUGUGGAGAACAAUGGUGCGAGCACAGACUCUCGCUGGAACCCAAUGCUCUGGUCACUUACAGCACACCAAAGACAAGCUUUGUAUCGCCACGCUUUAGCUGUACCUGCAAGGGUGGCAGCUGCCCUACCCUGCCCAAGUUCUGCCAAGCUCAGCCCUGUCCAGGGGACAUGCAAUGUGUGGACAGAGAGGGCAGUAAAGUGCCAUACUCAUGCCAGUGUCCACCGGCAAAGCUUAGGGAGUGUGCAGGGUAUUCUUCUCUGACCUUCACGGGGAACAGCUACAUCAAGUACCGCGUGUUUGACAAGCCCAAGGCGAGCACAUUCAAGGUGGGCCUCAGGAUCCGAACGCUCCAGAGCCGGGGCAUCGUUAUGUAUACACGGGCGGAGCCGUGUUCGUUACUGAAGGUCAAACAGGGAGAGCUGUGGUUCCAGUGGGACUGUGAGGACAAUAUGGAAGGAAUGGGCAUCCCUGGACGGCCUGUCAACGAUGGCAGCUGGCACUCAGUGUCUUUAGAGCUGAGUCGGGACAUCACCGUGCUGACACUGGAUGACAGUUAUGUGGAAAGGCGGCGCCGGCGCCUUCCCGUCCGCCCUUGGCCACUUGGAACUGAUGGAACGAUCUUCUUUGGGGCCCAAGUACUGCCUCCAGACCCAGCGCAAGGUAGGGGCCCGCAGGCACUGGAUGGCUUCCAGGGCUGUGUGGAUGCCCUAGUUCUGAACAGUAACGAGAUGCCACUGCAGAACAAGCGCAGUCGUUAUGCGGAAGUCACGGGUUUGACCGAGCUGAAGCUGGGCUGUAUGCUGUCUCCUGACCCCUGCCAGACAGACCCGUGCCAGAAUGGUGGCCGUUGCUCUAGUGUGCCCUCUGGUGAAUUUGAAUGCAGCUGCUCACCCCAGUUCACUGGGGAGCGAUGUGAGGCAAAGGUCACAGCCUGUGACCUGAACCCCUGUCAAAAUGGAGCUACCUGCCAGUCAAUGGGAGACAGCUUCUUGUGUGUCUGUCAGAGCGGAUUCACAGGCCUCACGUGCGAGGAGGACAUAGACGAGUGCGAGUCAGAGGCAUGUGAGAACGGAGUCGCGUGCGUCAACGUGCCUGGGGCGUUCUACUGCAACUGCACGCCGCAGUUUGAGGGGCCGUCAUGCGGCCCCCCUGCAACCCCUGACCCCAACACGAAGGCUGAGCCGCUUCCCUAUAUGGGCCGGGAUGAGCUGAUUGGCAUUGCAGCGCUGCUCUGCGUCACCUUCCUCCUCCUUGCACUCCUCAUUGCCUUCCGCAGGAAGAUCUCCUCCCACAAGUCCCGCCCACAGGACGAGGACACUCCAACACACCCCUCCUCUCCCGUCCCCCCGAGUCCCGCCCCCAUCCCCCUUCACAACUCGGAAUGGAUACUGUCCAAGACCGUACAUGUGGGCUCUGGGGGCCCCUGUGAACCCUUUGACCCUUGUGGGCUGUACCUGGAGCCCGAGGGGCCACCGCGCGUCAUGGUCCGACCGACUUCCCAUUCCGUCCCUUGGCUCGGGUCCGUUGGCGGGCAGGACGAUGCAGCUGGUGAACAGGCAGAGUCAACCUGCAUCCCUCCUGACUCUCAGGGUGUGGCAGUCUGCAGUGUGGCCCCAAACCUGCCCCCAACCCCUGCAGGCCAGCCUGAGGAAGGCUUCCUUGAGUCCUUCUGGGAGGACGCUCACAGUAGCUUCAGCGGCGCAACGGAUGCGGAGCAAAACAUCUAUCAAGAGUGGAAUGGACCAAGAGACAGAGAGAUGGUCCAACUGAUGGACCUUGUGGAGGAAGUCACGUGCUUCUCCGACUGUAAUUCUGAAGUCCAGUCGCUAAGGUCAUACCUAACGGACUCCUGCAAUGACAGCGCAUCCAUGGUGACCGUCAUUCAGCUGGGUGAGGACGCAGGAGAUGCCGUCGAGGAGAGCAGAGGGAAGUAUUCUUCGGACUGUCGGAACCAGAUGUGCGUCGAGUUCGUCAAAGGGUACUUCAUGAACUCGCACCAGUGGGAAGCAUCAGAGUGGAUGAGUCACUCGUACCUGCCCGGUGCAGACGAUGUUCCUGGGUACGAGGCAGGUGGCAUCUCACUGGCGGGCCCCGAGGACAACCAGUGGGAGCUGGGGUCGGACCACUACCUGAGUGGAUAUGACACUGACAGCGACACAGACCUGGAAGACGAGGAGCACAAUUCCCACCUCCAGCACCCGUGCUUCCUCCCCCUUCCUCCACACCCCCCCAAGAACCCUCCAGAUGAGAGCCACUAUGAUACCCUGCCAGCCACCCGCUCCAUCUCCAUGCCAGUGGAUCCACGCGGUGACUUCUGGAGUGACAGCUGGAGGGGGAGAGAGGAGGUUUACCCUGCCUGCUGCUCGUGGCACGGACCGGGGGCCGAGUCAGUUAGGGAAGGCAACCUCCUGGCAAGUUUGCCACUCUCUAGUCGCUCUGCACCUUCCUCCCCUUCGCCCUCAGAGGGAGGGGCCAACAGCCUCCUAGAGACAGUAGGAUUAAGCCACUUGAAGAGAGGGGGCUGUGGCCUUUUUGAGAGAAUGGGAGACAGCUCCCCGGAGAAAGCAGAUGACCACCAGACCAGGAGACAGUGAGCCCAAGCGGACCGAAAUGGACUUUCUGCAGCUGAAGAAGCGGGCAGACAAGCACUUUGCUGUUUCUGAGAAUCCAUCCAACAGAGGGUGCGGAAUAAACACUGUUACUGUGACGACACUGACACUGCGACACUGACACUGUCCACUGGGAGCACUGACUCGCACAGGUUUAGCGUUUGCGCCCUGACUCGUAUUACAAAUGUGUAAAGUGUUGGUAGUAAUCUCCCAAGUCGUCCGUGACAAAAUGUGAAAAAGCAUAUAAAUAUGUGUAAUUAAAUAAUACACUUUGUAUAAUUAGAUAAAUUAAGGCACAGCUAUAGUACUGCUGUAAUUUAGCGCACCUUUCCAAGGAAAGUGAUAUGUUGUUUUCCUAGCUGGGGAUCUGACCAGGGAAGCCCGCUGGUUUGUUACCGUGGUUUGAACGAUUACGAGAGCAGCGGCUGAUCUUCAGUUUCUGCAAGAUGGAGAGUUUCAGCAGAAUGCCUCCUUAUGCCCACUGUGUGCUGAUCCUAUGCAGGUGGAAGCUGUCAGAUUGAACCCUGAGCUCCAAAUGUCCUGUUCCUCAGGUCUCAUUGCUGGUCGCAGUCAUACCUCAUGCCUCUGCAAAGUGAACAUCGUUCUGUGUUCUGUAAUUACAUAAAUAAUAAAUAGAUUUUUAUGUC